UCACACACACACACACUUACACACAAUGCACUUCACACUUUUCUUACUGUUUUCGCCACUGAUUCUACUCUCAUACUAUUUCCUUCACAAAAUCAUAUGGACCCCUUCAAGGAUCCAAAAGCACUUCGAGGAACAAGGCGUGAGGGGCCCCGGCUACCGGCCGAUCUUCGGUAACACAGCCGAGAUCCGGCGGCGGAUGAUGGCGGAGGCGGAGUCGAAACCGAUCUCCUCCGUCACGCACGAUAUAGCUCACCGGAUUGUGCCGCACUACAGCCGCUGGUCGGCGCUGUACGGGAAGAAUUUCCUCUACUGGUUCGGUGCCAACCCUAGAUUCGCCGUAGCCGAUCGAGAUAUGAUCAAAGAGAUUCUGAUUAACAGCAACGGAUCGUUUCACAAAAUCAAAUUCAAUCCUUCGUCGAAGUUAUUGUUCGGCGAAGGACUCGUUGGGCUGGAAGGCGAGAAAUGGGGCGUUCACCGGAGGAUUUCUAGCCAGGCCUUUAACAUGGAGAGAGUUAAGGGUUGGAUUCCUGAAAUAGUAGCUAGUACAGAAAAAUCAAUAAACAAAUGGGAGGAAAUAAGAGGAGAGAGAAGUGAAUUCGAGAUUGAUGUGCACAAAGAACUUCAAGAACUCUCUGCUGACAUCAUCUCACGAACAGCGUUCGGUAGCAGUUACGAGGAAGGUAAGCGCAUUUUUGAACUCCAAGAACAGCAAAUCGGCCUCGUUUUGGAAGCAUUAAGAACUGUGUACAUCCCUGGAUUCAGAUUUUUGCCCACGAAGAAAAACAAAAUGAGAUGGAAACUAGAUCGGGAAACUCGGAAAUCAAUUAGAUCAUUGAUUGAGAAAAACGGCAAAAGCAGCGAAAACCCGAAAUCGCUGCUCACAUUGUUAAUGUCACCAUAUAAAAACGAAAACGGUGUAGAGGAGAGACUCGGUAUAGAAGAAAUCAUAGACGAAUGCAAGACAUUUUACUUUGCAGGAAAGGAAACUACCGCCAAUCUUCUUACAUGGGCUCUCCUACUUUUAGCACACCACCAAGAUUGGCAGAAAAAGGCUCGAGACGAAGUUGGCAAUAAACGUCCCACUGCAGAAAAUUUAUCAGAUCUCAAACUCAUGAGUAUGAUACUGAACGAGACUCUUCGACUAUAUCCUCCAGCAGUGAUGCUAAUGAGGCAAACAUCGCAAAAUGUAAAAUUAGGAAGCAUUAAUGUUCCAGCUCACACGCAGUUCUAUUUGGCGAUGACUAAUGUACAUCACGAUACUGAGAUAUGGGGAGAUGAUGCGAAUGAUUUCAACCCUAUGAGAUUCUCCGAACCAAGAAAGCAUCUGGCAUCUUUCUUCCCGUUCGGAUUAGGCCCGAGAAUAUGCGUUGGCCAGAAUUUAGCAGUUGUUGAGGCUAAGAUUGUUCUAGCUAUGAUUCUCAGAGAAUAUUCUUUUGUGAUUUCGCCGACUUACGUUCAUGCUCCGAUGCAGGCUAUGACUUUGCAGCCGCAAUAUGGUCUUCAACUGGUUUUCAGUAGGAUUCUGCAUUAGUGCUUUAGUGUGACAGGUUUACAUGGAAAAUUUUCAAACUAAAUUUCGAAAUUAAGGGAACUCUGUUGAUAUUUGUUUUUAUCUUGUAGAGUGAUGUUUGUAGAAGUGUUUGUAAUAUCUGGUAUUUUGCGAGUUCAAAAUUAGUCGAAUUUUCUUGUAAAUAAGUUAAGUUUCAUAUGUAGUUUGUGUAAUUUGUGUUUAGUGUAAACUGUUGUACAAGAUACUUUGUACUUUGUAUUUAUGUUAUAUGUUUUGUGCAUUGUGACCAAUGAAAAGAAAUUGCACCAA